AUGAGGUUCUUAAAAUCAGACCCAUUUCACAGGAGUUCUAUUUCUCUUUACUUUUCCUUCAUAUUUCUCGUCUUCCUUUACUUUUCCCCUCCUGUGAUUUUUGCUCAGGAAAAUGGAAGGGAGGAGUCAAAUUCUAGAAUCAAGGAUCUGGGCCGACGAAGUAAAAUUUUUGUCGACAAAAUCAAGACAGGUAUUGUAAUAGAUGAGAACGACCCUGAUUCUAUUAAUCUUGGUGUGGAGUUGGACUCUGGUCUUGGAGUAUUUGAUGCUUUCUUUGCAAGUUUUUCCAUGAUUCUUGUCAGUGAGAUUGGAGAUGAGACUUUUAUAAUAGCAGCUCUCAUGGCAAUGCGUCACCCCAAGUCAAUUGUUCUAUAUGGUGCGCUAAGUGCCUUGUUUGUGAUGACGGUACUUUCGACUGGUCUUGGUAGGAUCGUACCAAAUUUAAUAUCAAGAAAGCAUACAAACAGUGCAGCUACCGUUCUUUAUGCCUUUUUUGGGCUCCGACUGCUUUAUAUCGCAUGGAGAUCGGAUCCAAAAGCCUCACAGAAAAAAGAAAUGGAGGAAGUAGAAGAGAAACUCGAAGCUGGACAAGGGAAAACAGCAUUCCGACGUUUCUUUUCUAGAUUUUGUACACCAAUCUAUUUGGAGUCAUUUAUUUUGACAUUUCUAGCUGAAUGGGGAGAUCGUAGCCAGAUUGCAACAAUUGCUCUAGCUACACACAAAAAUGCGGUGGGAGUUGCUGUUGGAGCCAUUAUAGGACACACCAUUUGUACAUCAUUAGCUGUAAUCGGUGGAAGCAUGUUGGCUUCAAAGAUCUCGCAGCGCACUGUUGCAACUGUUGGGGGAUUGCUUUUCCUUGGUUUCUCCCUGUCUUCGUACUUUUAUCCUCCUGUCUAA